AUGGUGCCAGUUCGCUGUUUUAAACAGUUUCCUCCUCAUCAACAGGUCUCCCAGCAUCCUGAAGAGAUGAAUAUGUACGCUGUGCCCAGCCCAGGAAUACCAGGAUGUCCCCCAGGAUUAGAGUACCUGACACAGGUGGAUCAGCUCCUCAUCAAACAAAAGGUUGAGGUCGUUGAAGCUCUCAUGGGUUUCGAAAGCAAUAACAAGUACGAGUUGCGAAAUGUCAUGGGCCAGAAUGUGUUCUACGCCGUGGAGGAGAACGACUGCUUGAGCCGGCAAUGCUGCGGACCCCUGCGCCCCUUCAGCAUUCACGUUCUCGACAACUUUGGCCAGGAGAUCAUCAGUGUCACCAGGCCGUUAAAGUGCAUGUCCUGCUUCUUCCCCUGCUGUUUACAAGAACUGGAGGUCCAGGCUCCGCCCGGUAAAACGGUUGGUUAUGUGAUACAGCAGUGGAAUCCUUUGUCUCCCAGAUUUAUUGUGGCAAAUGAACACAAUGAGCCCGUACUAAAGAUCCACGGGCCCUUCUGUGGAUGGAGCUGCCUUCCUGAUGUUGACUUCGAGAUUUUGACAAUGGAUGAAGUCAGUAAGAUCGGGAAAAUCAGUAAGCAGUGGACUGGUCUGCUACGAGAGGCAUUCACAGACGCUGACAACUUCGGGAUCCAGUUUCCCAUGGAUCUGGAUGUGAAGAUGAAAGCUGUAAUGAUCGGAGCAUGUUUUCUCAUUGAUUUCAUGUUUUUUGAGUCAACCAACUAGGAGCCAAACAGGAUUUCAAUUUUCCAUUGCUGGAAGAACAAGGCCACAAAGCCAUGGUGUUCAGUUCCAAAUGCCGACUCAUCGAACAACCUUCAGUGGAUAGAGAGCAUUAACGAAAAAAAUGCAUUCAAAAGUUCAAACAUUGCAUGAACAAUGAAAUAGAGGGUUUCAUUGCUUCUGCUUCUCAGGUUUGUCAUGUUUCUGAGUUGUUUGGGUUUUGCCUUGUUUUUGUUUUUAAUAGCAGGCAUGGUGAAGAUUUGUUUUGUGAUUUUUUUUAAAUAGAUGUUUUUACAUUGCAGUCACUGACUUUACCUUGCCCCCAAAGCUUUUAAUAUCUACCAAAUUUUUACUGCAGGAGGACAUUACCUUAUGAUUUAAUGAGGGAAAGCAGCCAUGUUCUUUUAUACAGAGAAAAACACCCAACUAAUGUGUAAUUAAAAUUUUGUCCAUUCAGAUAUUUAUUUAAAGGGUUAUUAGGUGGUUAUAAUAGGUCGUGGAUUAAAGGAUUAUUGUUAAGUAGAGGUUUGUAGUGGAAAAAACAACUUCCUUUGUGAGUUUUGAGUGUUUUAAAUAAAACAUAUACUGUCAUAUUUAAAAGUUUGUACUAUAUAAUUUUAUUAGCACAUUGCCUGAUUUGUUUUGUUGUUAUUUAUUGAAUUUUAUUUUGGGAUGAAUAAUAUGUCAGCAUUGACCACAAGAGGGAGCUAGAUAAUUACUUAGUAUUGGUUCAUUUUUCCAAAUGAACAUCUCAAAACCCACAUGUGGCCAAAAAGUUAUUGAUGAUUAGUUUUUCAUACUAGAGUGUAUUUUUGAACAAACUCAGGUUUAAAUGCAUGUUGUUGUACUGUAGUGCUGAUUCUGGAAAGUAUGUACCUGCACUUGGUUCUGCAUAGAUCCAAACCGUUGUUUUAUUUAUUUAUUUUUAUAUUCUUUCUUUCGUCCUGUGGAGCAUGUUUGGAAGUAUGUUGAUAUCAAAGUACUUUCAGUUCAAAUACAUUUGUGACUGUUGUUCAGUUUAAAUCUUAGCAGAUACUGAAGCCAAUAGGUUACAACAAAGCCAACGGACCCCACAUAGCCUUUAGUCAAAUGGAAAUAUAUGACAAACUUUAACAUAUAAGUGAUAAACAUGAAUUGCUUUAGUAUUUAUUCCGGUGUAUUUAUACUUCUGACGAUAUGUUUUGGAUUGUUUUUUGCUUCUUAUUUUUCUUUACAGCUUCAUCAAUUUGCAGACUUUGAAAUAGAACUGUCCUAAGCCAUUUUAUGUAAUAGAAGUCCUUAUAUUCUAUAGACUUUUAUUUUUAUAAAGAUAACUAAAUACUGCCAGUCAGACAAGCUGAUAAUCCCUGUGUAAACCUAAGAUCUUUCAUAUCAACAGGAUUGUAAUCUGCCUUCAGUGUGCCGACAUUGGCUUGUAGAAUUACCGCAAGUGAAUUUAAUUCAACAUUUAACAUUAAACAUAAUUUAACUUUCACUUGGAGACUUUAUGACCAGUUCGAAAGUCUGACGUCCUUUUCUGUUUUAAUGGCAUAUAGUUGACCUGAGUUAAAUCUGAUCUUUUACAGUGGAGUAUGAGUUUGUGAGGAAAAAAGGCAUCUUUUAUUUUGUGUGUAUGUAACCAACAUCCAUCAGGACAGAAUGUGAAAUAAUGUUACUUUUUAUUCAAGAAUAGUUAAAGCCUGUGUUCUACUUUUGCACUAAAACUGUGAACUAAAAAGAUGUUUAGUCCUUGAAAUGUAUUGAAACCGAGCUUGACUUAAAUUGUGCAAGUAGUAUGUAAAACCACCUCAAUAAAUUGGUUAAAACUA